UUCAGUGUGGUACAUGGUCCUAGUGCAUGCACCGCCAUUUCAGCGUCGUACACAUACGAUAUAUACACAUAGAGAAAGAGAUAGAAAAAAAUCAUAAAAAGGAAUAAAACCAAGAACUCUACAAUUUUUUUAAUAAAGUGUAUUUGACUGCGAUUCAGUCAAUAAUAUAAUAAUAAUAAAGAUAAAAAAUUCAAAGUUAAAUUUGUGAAUAUCUUUGAGCUGACAGAAGAAAGAAAAAAAAAGAAUUUUGUUUCCAAAUUCAGUGUAACACAGUGUACGAUUCUCCCGAGACACCGUGUUUUUCUCUAUUUUCGCAUCAACUUUUAUCGCACUGAAUAAAAGAGAGUAAAUACGCGUUCCAUUCGCAUACUUUUACUUAAAUCGAACAUUUAAAUAUCGCUCCAAAGAAUAAACUGAUAAUAAAUAGAAUAUAAACAGCGCAACCGUUUGUCGUAUCAUCGUUAGAACAACAACACAUGAACAAAAGGUGGGUGCCACUCAGUCUCUCUUUUUCUGCCCGGUUAUCAAUUAUUGAGAAAUGAAGUGCAAUUACGAAUGAUGAUGAAUUAAUUUGUUGAAAGGGUUGAAAACCACUCAUCCGUUAUCCAUGUUUUCACUCUUAACUGACUUAACUACACUUCUAUCCACACAUUGCGAAUCGAAUUUAAAAAUAGUGACCAUUCGUGUUGGAGACUAUACAAUUUUUAACAUAGACAUGUGAACAAGCUUCAUAUGUGCAAAUCUAUCAAAUUUGUAGCUCAUAUAGAGCGAAUUCAAGAGAAAAACUCAGUUCAAUAUAAAAACAACUAAAGAAAUUGUGGACAUUAAGUUCGAAAAACACACACACACAUACAAAAGAUAGACUCACAUCGACUUAGAAAAUAUUGAUUUAAAAUCAGAUCUAAGUCAAUUUUGAUUUAAAAAGUGUACGCUUUGCCUUAAACUCCGUUUGUUAUUUGCUGCUUCUGCUGCUGAUAUUUGUUUAGUUGUUCGUUUUUUAUUGUUUUUUUUUUUUAAAUAUACUGUGUGUGCGUAAACUAACACAACCGUCAAGCUGGCCGCCUCCGUAGCAAUGAAUUCAUAUCAUCCGUAUGGGGAUAUAUCAUCACCACAUCCACCUAGUCCGGAUAACAACAAUUAUGCGUCGUCAAUGUCGAUUGGCAACGCCGGUGGACACCAUCAUAAUGGUCAUGCACAGCUCAUGAGUUCGAUAGGUGGCCAACAACAGGGUUUUCAUCAAAUCAACAACAAUAAUGCAAUGAUGAACAAAUGUGCUGGAUGUGGCAGUAAAAUAGCCGAACGUUAUCUUCUAUCAGCAAUCGAUAAAUUUUGGCAUCACACGUGUCUGAAAUGCACUUGUUGCGGUGCCACAUUAGCCGAUUUGGGUACGGUCUGUUACACAAGGGGAAAUAUGAUACUAUGUAAGGCUGAUUAUUCUAGACUUUUUGCGCCACCACCAUGUUCUGCAUGCAAUCAAACAAUAUCACCGAAUGAAUUUGUCAUGCGAACAACGUCACAAUCAAGUAAUCAACAGUCGCCGAAUCAACCAAAUCCAAUGCAGCAGCAUGUAUUUCAUAUAAAAUGUUUUACAUGCUCAAGUUGCACAGCUCAGCUAAGGCAGGGCGAUCGUUAUUACAUGUUAAAUGGUAAACUGGUCUGCGAACAGGAUUGGCAUAAAAUGGUGAAAGCGCCGGUAGCAAAUAACAGCACACCGCCCGUCCGUAAAGGAAAGGUCGGUAGACCGAGGCGAUCCAGAGACUGAGAAGUUGCACCGCGUUUGGGU